AUGGGCCAGUCAACCGACGACCUAUCUGGCGCUCUACGUCGUCUCCAGAGCGACACGCAAGACUUCUGGGCCCCGCUGCACUCAAUUCGUCGCGUAGACGCCUCCAGCUUGACCCCUUUACAAUUCCACCGGGAGUUCGUGAGUCGCAAUGUGCCUGUCGUGCUACUUAACGCCAUGACAAGUCCAAAGUGGCAAUUUGCAAUGGCAAAUUGGCAGAAUGAUGGUCAUUUAAUUGCCAAAAGUGGCAAUCACUCAGUAACUGUGGACGUGACGCCAUUCGGUCUCGGAGACGCCGUUCUUGAGCUCCCUGGAGACGCCGAGGACCUUUUCGUCAUGCCUGAGGAGAGGAACAUGCCAAUGGCAGAAUUUCUUAAAAUUAUGGAAAACCGAGACGAAUUUGACGGUGUUCCCUAUCUUUCACAUCAAAACGACAGUUUGAGGGAACAAUUUCCCGAUCUUUACGAUGAAGUGCCACCCGCUAUGGACUUAGCUGUGGAAGCUUUUGGGAACGAGCCGGAAGCUGUGAAUAUAUGGAUGGGAGACGAAAGAGCCGUGUCGACCAUGCACAAGGAUCACUACGAGAAUUUUUACUGCGUGGUGAAAGGCCAAAAGCAUUUUACAUUGUUGCCCCCAUCAGCCGUCGGGUGUCUGUAUGAACGAGAGUUUCCCUCCGCGAGGUACCGUCAUAAGGACUCUCCGGAGCCGAAGGAGGAGAAUCUUCAAGAAGAUCUUGAGGCUACCGAGCGAUUUCAUGAAAACUAUCCACAGUAUGAGAAGUGGACGAUUCUGUCGUCACCUGAUAAGGGAGAAACGCCAUGGAUCCCUGUGGACCCGUUGAAUAUUGACAAAGAGAAGUACCCUCUUGCAGCUACGUUGAACCCCAUUGAAGUCGUGCUGAAUGCUGGGGAAGUGCUUUACUUGCCGUCGUUGUGGUAUCACCGCGCUGCGCACCUGUGCCCCACAAUCUCGGUAAAUUAUUGGCACGAUAUGGAGUUCGACUGUCGAUAUGUGUACUUUAACUUCGUCCACGAUAUCGGCGCCACAAUCACAGCGUUGGAAACGGAAAGGAAAAGAGGCGUAAAGAAGUCAGAGGAAGGCACAAAAUAA